AUGGGCUGGACACCGCCAUCUGGACGUGAACCUGCAGCGCUCGAUCCCGCUUUGAUAGACCAAGACGAUCCGGAGUACGAUUCCAGUUAUGAAGCUUUCUAUGGAGAACAUGCGGGUGGCUGGAUAUUUACUUUCGUGUACCAAGAGGCGUUCCAGAGAUAUCGCAAUGGUCUGCUGGACAUAAUACAGGAUAAGUACGACGAUUUUCGCGUUCCGAUGGGAAAGAGGCACCGAAGGAAACGGCUGCGCGAAUGUCGCGAUAAGCCAUGGAUGACAUGGCUCAUCAGUUGGGCUAAUAGGCAUGAAGUAGUAAAGGACAAAGCUCUUCGGAAAUAUCUAGAUAGUCCGCGUCAUCAAGGUGUUUACCGGGAUAUAGGGGAGAGAUUGCUUCCGGAGGAGUACGAAGGCGACCUGGAAGGUGAGGAUGAAUAUGACAAGGAAGAAUACAGCCAGGAAGAUAUCGAUGACGCGGAUGAAAAUGGCAAUCUAAGAGACUUUGUGGUGGACGACGAUGUGGUUGAAUACGAGGAUGACGCGAACCAACGAUCUAUAUUGAACGAUACUGAGGAUGACGACGCCAAUUCAAGGACUUGUAGAUCGCACACAAAUCAAUCCGAUUCAAAUGACGAUGAUUCUGAUUCAUGCUCUGACUCUGACUCCGAUGAUAGCUAUAAUUCUCUGGUCUCAGAUAAUGCAGACUAUAUUGACCACGAUCCUUUCCCUGCAACGCCAAGAAAAUGCCCCCCUAGCCCGCCGCCUGAACGGAACUCAUCGGGUACCUUCCAGACCGUGUCUCAAACCCCGCGCAAAAAGAGGAUAGUUGAGUCGUUACCCACUCCCACGCGUACACCAUGCACAAAUAAGAAGCAUAUUACGUCCACGCCGUGUUCUGGGGAUCCGUCGCCCAAACUUCAAUCUAGAGGAUACACCAGGACCCGUGUCCUUAUGUCUGACACUGAAUCGGACUGCGCCUCGGAUGAGGAUGAAGAGCCAGCACAAUCCGUUAAAGCAAACGUAGAAAGCGCUCAGAUGUUUCAGCCCAAAACAUGUAUGAACGCAGUUUACCUGCCUCAAACACCGACCAAACGGGCGACGCAGAAAACAUCAGCAACUCUGGCGACGCCUCAAACAGAUGUGGUAAGCGACCCGGAAGACGACACGCCCUUACCAGAAUUGUAUGAGAGAUACGCGUCUGGAAACGGCAGCGACGUUUGGACACCAAAAUCCAUCAAGCAUACUAAAGGCGCAUCCCAGAAGGCACUCCAGCCCACUCUUCCUCCGACCCCUGCACCUACACCGGCGAGAAAGAAACGUAAAGCUCAGGAGGCAAUCGAGUCGGACUCGGAAUACGUUGACAGUAUCUCGCCUCGAAGGUAUGCACAGCGAAUGGAAUCGCUUCGAACUCGAAACUCUCAGCGUAGAAAAGAGUGA